AAUGCAAUGAAUGCAGCGUAUGGAACCAAUGUACGGGAUUGCAGCUCACUGCCCAUCUUCACCCCCUCCAGAGAACAAUUUCUAAACGUCGCCGGCGCUUUCCAACCCAUCUACGCAUAGGAUAUACUUUCAGGACAGAACGGAACAGAGCAUUGUUCCUCACUGUCGACCUGCACCGUCCCCCCACCUCCUCGGCACCACCAUCACCACCACCAACACCACCACCAGCAGUCGCCGUCACCCAUCACCAUAACAUCAAAGACACACGCACAGACACACACACACAUACACACACAGAGGCACCCCCUGCCACCAUCGCCCAACAUGUUGUUGCGACUUCGAGGGCCCGAUGGCAUGAAGAGGGUCACUAUUGAGCCCAGUGACACCUUUGGUGAUCUGGGCCGCAUCCUCGUCAACGAGUUGCCUGCCACCGUCGACCCCGAAACCAUCGCCAUGUCUAACUCGCCUACCGGUGGCGAGCGCAAACGUCUGGUGGAAAUCGCCAAGUUCAAGCUCAGUCAGAUAGGACUCAAGCACGGCGACCUCAUCUUCCUUUCCUACGACCACAGGAGUGAAGCGACCGACGCCAGCCAGUCCAACGGCCCCGCCCCGGCCCCUUCCAACAGACUCAAUGGCAAACCCAUACUGCCAACCGACCAUGUCGCUUUGAAACCCCAGCCAAUAGGAAAGGAGCCUGUCCUCAUCAAGAACCCAUGGGAGGUAGUCAAACAGUCGGCCUUGGAUGAUCGCCUGGACAAGAAAGACGGCAAGAUCCCGAGGGGUCGCGACAGGAUGUGCAAGCACGGCCCCAAGGGAAUGUGCGACUUCUGCAUGCCCCUCGAUCCGUUCAAUCCCCAGUACCUCGAAGAGAAGAAGAUCAAGUACCUGUCCUUCCAUUCAUACCUGCGCAAGAUCAACUCCGCCACCAACAAGCCAGAGCUCGGAAGCUCCUUCAUACCGCCAUUGAACGAGCCCUACUUCAGAGUCAAAUCCGACUGCCCCUCUGGACAUCCAGCCUGGCCCGACGGUAUCUGCACAAAGUGCCAGCCCAGCUCCAUCAUCCUGCAACCCCAGACUUGGCGCGCCGUCGACCACGUCGAAUUUGCAACCUUUGACCUAGUCAACACAUUCAUCGAUGCCUGGCGAAAGACCGGUUGUCAGAGAGUCGGGCUCCUGUACGGACACUACGAGGAGUACACCGAGGUUCCGCUGGGCAUCAAAGCUGUGGUGGAGGCCAUCUAUGAGGUGCCGCAGGUCGAUGAGUCGGACGGUAUCUCCAUGAACCCUUUCGAGAACGAGGCCGACAUCACUGCUGUUGCCAAGCUUUGUGGUCUGGAGCCCGUCGGUACCAUCUUCACCGACCUACUCGAUUCGGGCGCAGGCGACGGCUCCGUUGUCUGCAAACGACACGCCGACUCAUAUUUCCUCUCCUCACUCGAGGUCUGCUAUGCUGCAAGGUUGCAGGCACAACACCCGAAGCCGACCAAGUGGAGCGACACGGGGAUCUAUGGCUCAAACUUCGUCACGUGCAUAAUAUCCGGCGACGAGACGGGUCAGAUUGCCAUCUCGGCCUACCAAGCGUCACUAGAGGCCGUGGAAAUGGUUCGGGCAAAUGUCAUCGAACCCUCGGCUGACCCCACUGUCAUGCUCGUGCAGGAAGAAGAGGAAGACGACAGCUCCAGGAGUCGGACAAGAUUUAUACCAGAAGUCUUUUUCCGCAAGAUUAACGAAUACGGUGCCAAUGUACAGGAAAACGCGAAGCCAGCCUUCCCGGUCGAGUAUCUCUUCGUCACUUUGACGCACGGUUUCCCAACUGAAUCCAAUCCCGUCUUCAAGGACGCCGGCUUCCCCAUCGAGAAUCGUGAGAUCAUGGGCGAGAGCCAGCAACCUGGUGCCGUUGCCAAGGCCCUCAAGACCACAGAUGGCCAACAAAAGCUCUCCAAUUUUCAUUUGCUCUGCUUCAUCCAUAACCUAGGCGUGCUGUCAAAGGAGGAGGAGGCACUUCUAUGCAAGGUCGCUACGAACCGUGACCUCGCAGACACGUAUCAGCUCUUCUCCACGCCUGGUUGGCAGACACUAGAGGCUAUCAUACAAUCGACUGGUGAGAACAUUCCUUCGCACAGCUUGAAGCGUCCUCGCCAGCCCAGUGGAGGCGGGGUCGAUGACACCAACUCUCCCAAUUCCCCAGCAAAUGGUCGUGGUGUCUCUGCUGCCACGACAAGUGGCCUUGCUGCUGCAACUUCUGCAAACGAUGAACCAGACGCUAAGCGUUUUGCUGCCCUUAGGCUGAGCGGUAAUCGCCAACAAAAUGGGAAGAGCCGCCCCCGCCCGAUCCCUGUGCCGCAUACCGAGUUGUAGAGGUUAAACCUUUGAAUGGACAUGAACUUUCCCUUGUCCAACUGGCGAACGGCGUUUCUGAGACAUCGGGGUGCUGAGACGUGGCAUAGAUUAGCAUGCAAGGUGCGCAUCAAGGUAAUUGCAUCGCGCGAAUACGCGCGGAGGUAGAUACUAGUGUGCAAGGAAUUGCAUCCUCAUGGCGUUCAAGGAGAGAAAAGGCAUAACCGGCAUCAAAGCCAAUUUCAUAGCGCUGACCUGGUUAUAUAAACACAUCAAACCCAGAUUGAUGAGUAGCCCAAAUGAGCCAAGUCAUGGAAUUAUCAUCCCAUGCCCACGUGCUAGGCGACGAUUAGCACGCGGCCAUCAAUUUUAUCCUUCGAUAUGCAAAAGACCACAGAUCUGUGAAAUAACACCGAUCACAGACACUGGAUGGAGU